AUGACGGAAGGGACGGACUACUUUAUCCUGGCCUACAAAAGGAAUGAACGGGAAGGGACUAGAGAUCUACUGUUUUACGACGCAGAAGCUCGCGUCCUACUCGCCGCCAUUUUGGUGGUCGACGAGGAACACUCCUCCGAAGAAUACUUCUCCGAGGAAGACGAGAAGGAAAAGGAAAUCAACGACCAGAUCAAAUGGAGGUCAACAACAAGAUCAAGAACGAAAUCAAGAAUGAAAUCAAAAAUCAACGACCAGAACGACGACGGGAACGAUCCGUCAGAAGAAGAAGACUGCUCCGAAUCUUCCUCGGAGGAAGAAGAAGACAACGAAGAGUAA